CAACUAAGUUCAUACAAAGAAAAUUUCAAUUUUUUAUUGAUCUCCCAAAAUCAAAUCAAAAUCCACAAGCUCCCCCAUCUAAAUUUCCGCCUUAAAAAUCCAAAAAUUCCCACAGGGAUUUCCUGUUCUCUCUCUCUCUCUCUCUAAAAAAAAAAGUGGGAGAGAAUCAAAUAUCAAUCACCCUAACCACCACCACUACAAUGGCUGAAUCUUCUCCUCCCCCUCCUCUUCCACCAAGCCCUAACCACAUGGUCCCACCGAUCCCACAUACAGACCCACCUCCACCUCCACCUCCUCCUCCACGAUCAUGUAAAACUUGUUUACUUUCAAAAAGACCAAAACUUAGAGUGACCUCUGAGUUUGACAGUGACUCUUCUUUGUUCUUCCACAAAGUUUCCUGUAAGCUCCUUGAUAGCUUUGCAAAGUUCAAACUUUCUUUUCAAAACAACAACAAGGGUGAACUCUCUCAACCCCAGUUUGCUUUCACUUCCAAACUACUCUCCAUUCAUUAUGACCUUGAAGAAGAUAAUGCCCUUGUUAAGGGUUCUUUUGAUCUUGGUCCUAAUUUGCAUUUUAAGGCUGCCCAUGAUGUCAAGGCACAGCAAGGAGAGGUGGCUAUGGUUGCUGACUUGGGUGAUCCUGGUUAUGCACUUGAAAUUUCAUCUCCUGUUCCAACUGUUGGAGUGCCGAGGGCAACCCUAAAAUUCCCGCUUGGUGAAGUUUCAUUGGAGGAGAAAGAAGAGGAGGAACUAAGGAGAACAUUGUCAGUUAGUGGUGUUGUCAAAAGUCAGUUAAUGAAUGGCCUCUGCACUGCUCAAUUUAGUGAUGAAGAUUUGAAACUGAAAUACUGCUACAAGGAUGAGGCACUUUCCAUUAUCCCUAGCAUUUCACUGCCUUCAAAUGCUUUAUCAUUUGCAUUCAAGCGUCGGUUCACUCCUUCGAAUAAGUUGAGCUACUGGUACAAUUUUGAUACUAACAACUGGAGUACUGUGUACAAGCACACCUAUGGGAAGGAUUUCAAGUUAAAAGCUGGUUAUGAUUCAGAGGUGCGUCUUGGCUGGGCAUCGCUUUGGGUUGGAGAUGAAGGUGGCAAUGCAAAGACCGCCCCGAUGAAGAUGAAGGUCCAAUUUAUGCUGCAAGUGCCACAAGAUGACAUCAAAACUUCAGCACUAAUGUUCCGUGUUAAAAAGAGAUGGGACAUAUAACAGUACGGUCUGUUGAUGGGACUCCCUUGUUUCUGUUAAAUGCGGGUUCCACUUGAGUAGUUCUGGGUCUUGCCCAUCUGUGAUAUUGCUACAUAAGAACGUCAGUUGGUUAAUAGUUUCUCCUUGCAAGAAAUCUCUCUUCUGUGGGUGUGGGAGCUUAAAGUGGAUAUCUAGUGAAAGGAAGCUCCUGCUGAGAUUUUUCCCAUGGCAUGUUGUUGAAGUUGGCAUUAUUAUAGUGCAGGAAAGUCUGUUAUUCGAUCA